AUGACCACGCAGUUAGAAGAAGGGAUGGCCUCGAGGUUACCCUCCGAGCCGCCUCCCUUGCCAUACUCACUACGUACUCGCAAGAAGUCUAUUGCGAUCUUUUGGACCAUCUUCAUCAUCGAUACUCUAGGUCAGCCGUUGAUCCUUUACUGGACACUAUGGUACCUGACCGAUCUGUCACAUAAUUUGGUGUUCUCCGUGGUGACGGCAGCGAUAGGUGGCGUCUCGGUCUUUGAAUACUUUUAUCGACUGUACAACUUGCGUCGGAAAGAAUCGCGUGCUCGGCCAUUGAACGCCCAGGCAUCAUGGCUCGACUUUUUCCACAUCAAUUUUACCCUCGUCUGGUUAAUCUUGGCCGUUGAACUCAUUGUUGGGAGUGUGCCACACGAACCCUACGUGCGUCUCAUUGCCAUGGUUUUGCCGACCGUCAUGUUCUACUUCGGCUUUGUCCAUUUGACCCUCGAUGUUCUCCGCAUGAUGGGAUACAAGGCCCCGUUCCGCAUCUCCUCCACCCCCAAAGGCGCCCCGAUGCCGACGGCCUUAUACGCAUUAAUUGAAGACGUGGUCGCGGUGGAUGGAGGAGGCGGCCAGAUUUAUCGAUAUGCAUUGCGAACCCGAUACCUGUCGAGCCCAUACUUCCGUCGCAUGCUUUUCGAAAUGAACUGCUUUUGGAGCGGUGGCUCUAUCAUCUUUGCCGCUGUGAUCACUGCUCUCGUCUUCACCCUGUCGGAGCCGGUGGCUUUCACGCUUGGUUGGUCUCUCCCGUUCGUAUGGGCUGGUGUGUGGACCUUGAUCACCAUCCCCUGGGUUCAGAGUGACCUGCGUCGCGAGAAGGAAGCCUGGGCUCAAAAUGUGGAACAAGGUGGUCAUCCAUGUGUCGAUCAGAUCGCUGCGCGUGCUGCUCGUACCCGCUUGACUUCGGUUCAAGAAGCUAUCCCGAGUAUCUUCCCGUGGUCUCGCAACAAACAAAUACCGCCGUCUAUCCCACCAGCAGCUCCCCGUGAUGUCGUCGAGGGCCUGCCUCCGAAACCCGCGAGUCUUCCCGAUAGCACUCCCGCUGCGACCGAGGAUCACGCAUUCGAUCCGGAAAGUCCUGUGAGGAAUGACGGCGAGCAGACUCGCCCACAUCCUCACAAACCCCAAGACGGGCUCGAGACGGCUGCCGACCCAUCGACAUUCACAAGCGAGAAGAAGUGA